GCAAUGGCGCCGUACAGUAAAACGUUUAUUCGGUGAUUUAACAAUGCUGGAUGAUGCGAUCGAAGUCAGGAGAAACGAACGGACUAGAUAAUAAAGUCCGUGAGAUCUAUAAAUAUCGUAAAAGGAGACAGAUUAAGUUCGAAUGACUCCGUUCUCGAUUUUACCGAAUUGAAAGGUCAUAACCACAACAUCUGUUGACGUUCGUGCAAUAGCACGGUUGAGUAAACAGCAAAAUGACAGGCACAACUGACGAAAAUGCCACGAGGAAGGAGGAGAUUGAGAUCACGUUGUCGAGGAAACGACGCAACGAUUGGCCACUCAAAACGCGUACCAAGACGGCGAUGCAUAAAGUAACAUCGGAAAUAUACACAGAAAAUGAUCAUAUCUCUGAAAAGCUUGACAAUGGCAAUGCGGUGACUGAAUUCAUUUUUAAAUGCCCAUCUUAUAUGAUUGAGGCAGAAUCCACAGCCGAGACGCUAAAUUAUGACAGUGACGAUGAUCUAGAUGUAAAUAGAGACAAAGAAGGAGUAAUUCUAAUAGAGCAUAGCGUAUCUACAGAGCUCAAUUUAGUCGGUUUACAAGUGUGGAGAGCCGCUCUCUUGUUAGCCGACUACAUUCUGUCGCAUCAGGACUUGUUUAGAAAUCAAAUAAUUUUAGAAUUAGGAUCUGGAGUUGGUUUGACCAGCAUCAUAGCGAGUUACUUAGCUAAAGAAGUCAUUUGCACCGAUAUCAACAUAGGUGAUAUAUUAAAUCUAAUUGAACGGAAUUUUCUGAGGAAUUAUGCAUACGUUAGAUCGGGUUAUCAUAUCGAGGAAGUGAAUUUUUUAAACUUAGAAUGGCCAAAAAAGUUAGAGGAGAAAUUGCAAAGUGCAAAUAUUGUACUGGCUGCGGACGUGAUAUACGAUGACAAAAUCACGGAUGGAUUUGUCCGCACAUUGAUGAAACUUCUAUACACAAAAAAGAAAAAAAUAAUUUACAUCGCUCUCGAGAAAAGAUAUGUUUUCACUGUCGCUGAUUUGGAUACGACUGCUCCAAUGUACGAAGAAUUUUUACGUUGCGUCGAAAAGUACAAAAUGAAUUGGUCUGUAGAUUACAUUAAUAUAGAUUUUCCGCGCUACUUCAAAUAUGAUAGAGUCAAACAUUUGGUUUUAAUGAAGAUACAGAACAAUACAAAAUCUGUUGCACAUACAUAACGAAUAAUUUUUGUUUUAAUCAGA